AUUGAAGUGAAGCAUGUUUGGGGGUAGCUUGCAUGUUGCCUGAUGGCCAUGGCAACUUCUACAUCCCCCAGGCGCAGUGAACGAUUGAGGAAUGCUCUUCUUGAAGGGCGAGCCGGCUUCAGUCCUCUCUUGGAGAGUGCGUCGGCCGCUACGCUGAAACAGUGUGGGGCCUGCCUGCUUGAUAUUGAUACUGUGAGCAAAGACGGUGAUUUCGUUGCCAUUUUGGAUUCUUGUGCACCCGCUCAUUUCUUCCACGUGAGGUGCAUCGCUACAUGGGCAGCACAGGAGAACACAUGCCCUUUGUGUAAAGUCAGAUUUGGACGCUUUGGGGUCUAUGGCCCUGAGGGUGAUUUGAGACGUGUUGCAAACGUGGAGGAACGAGAUCAGCAGGAAGCUGAAGGUGAUGCAAGCGACGACGACGUGGUUUGCAGUGUUUGUCACCGCUCGGACGACGAGGAUGCUUUGUUGCUUUGCGAUGGACUGGGCGGCAGAUGUAGUGGAGCGGCUCACUUCUAUUGCAUUGGUUUGCCUGGGGUGCCAGAAGGUGAUUGGUUUUGCUCCGAGUGCCAGGAGAUUCCGCUAGACUCAAGCCAAGUUGACUCACAGCUGCAGCACCCAGAAGAGAAGGCUGAGGAGCCCGUCAGAAGUGAUGGCAAAGAGGUGAAAGCUCCGAAAACCGAGGUCAACAGAGAGCAGGCGAUCCAACCAAAAGCCCAAGGAGUAUCUUCCAAGCGUUCGCUCCCACAUCCUGUACAUCCUGAAGUGCAAUCCAAGAAAGUCAAGAAGGAAAAAGUUGGAGACGCUGAAGAGCUCAAAAAAGAACCAGAAGAAAACAAGCCAGGCCUCUCAAGGAGUGGUUCAGAUGUGUCAAAAUGGAUCCAUUGGGAUGGCCAUUUGUUGCAAGUGGAGUUGGGAGGGCGCCGUAUCAAGGAUGGUGCAGCAGCUGCUGUUGCACAGCUUUUACGAUCUGUCCUGGAGAAGUGUCAAGCUCGGCGUCCUUCUGUCCGGGAGGUGUCAUUUAACUUGGCCGGGAACCGACUUGGAAAGGAUGGACUCAUGGUCUUGUUGCAGGCGGUUGAAUCAGCUGGGAAGCAUGUCGCCUGCCUGGACUUAGAAUGGAACAGGAUUGAUGCUUGCGCAGCAAUGUGGCUUGCCUCAUGGAUUGCCAAGCAAUCAUGCAGUCCUCGCAAACUGCUGCUUUCUCACAACAGAUCCAUUGGAGAUAAUGCAGCGCAGCACUUGUUUCAAACAGUCGGGCGUGCAUGUGUCAACAAGGGUGCAACCAUACUACCCUGGAUUGAAGCAAAAUACAUAGGAAUAAAGGACCCUGAUACAUUCCUACAGCUCUUGUCUCUGCACAUGAACUUUUGCUUCGCUUUGGAUCGAGAUGCCUGCUCACUUCAUCACUGUUCCUCACGAGAGGGUGAAGGUGAAGGUGGAGAGAAACGCGAAAAACUACCCCAACUUCACCUCAUCGGAAUUUUGGAGCAGCGCUCACAACCCUUGCAGCCCCACUCCGGCGCGGCGAAGGCCGAGCAGGGAGGCGAAUCAGGGGCGGACCUGUCGGAGCUGCAUGGGGUUAAAUCACUUGCUCAGGAGAGGCUAAAGCGGCCAGUGUCAAGAGAAGCCAUGAAGAAGGAAGAGUUUCAACCAGUUGAACCAGAUGUGGAGCCAAGUGAACCUUUCACAGCGGCAAGCACCACAAGCCAGGCUGCAGGUGUGAAGCAUGAUAGAAGAAACAAACAUGUCUCACUUGAUGCUGAUAUUGAUGCAGAGAGAGAACAACGCCGUGAGUGGGCCUCCUCUCUUGGGAAGUCCGGGGUGGCAGUGUCUGAAACCUUUGAUGAAGAUCUUCCAACUCCAGCGCCGACCCGCGGGAUGUGGGAUUUGGUUCGAGCAGAAGCGAAGAAAUCUCAAAGGCAACAAAAGAUCUCGAGACAAAGCCUUUCAGAGGGGUCUGGCUUGAAACAGAAGGACCGGAAGGACCUGGGUAAUGGAGUUCAAGAUGACUACAAGGCCUUAAAGGCACUUGUGGAGGCGCGCGUGCGACGAAAAGCCGAGCUUUGGAAAGCACUAACAAUCACAGAGUCCGAACAAAAGCUGCGACAAAAGUGUUUGGUGGACGAGCUGUGCAAGCAAGUAUAUGAAGAGGGCUUCAAAACAGCUUUGGAGUCUGGAAGCUGGGAGGACUAUUUAAGAACUUCAAUUGGACAUCAAUGGGUGCUUCAAUGGUUGGAUGCGAAACUCUCAAAAGCAGCUGAUGCUUGUAAGACAAGAUAGCAGCUUUCAGCCAAAGCAUGAUAGAUGGACACACAUUGCGUCGACCUAUGAGGAUCUGAAGAUCAAGGCUUCACGCAGAUAGCACCUGGCACUGAUGCCGAGGCUUUGCGCAGGUGCAAAACUAGCAGACUCAGAUGAUUGGAGGAGAUGGCCCCAACGGUCAUGCAACAUUCUUUCGGAUGUGUCUGCCGGGCCCUACGCGGAAAACUGACCAAGGCGUCAAUGGACCGAAAUGUGGAUCGAUCAUCCAGAUGAGAAGCUGGAGCAGAAACUGGGUGAGCGGGAAAAUGAGCAUUCGGACA